AUGUCGACGCGAUGUUUGGUGGCAUUGGCACGACAGUCUUCAGACGAGUUUCCCUGUGCAUCAAAUGCUAUUGCCAGGGACUUCUACAUGGAUGAUCUGAUGACAGGUGGUGAGACUCAAGAAGAAUGUAUUCAUCUCUAUCAUGAAAUAACGGAGAUUUUAAAUUCAUCGAGAUUGCCUUUACGUAAGUGGUGUUCGAAUUCGGCCUUGGUGUUGGAGCAUAUUGGUAAGGAUGUGAGGGACCCGCUGUUCAUAUUAGAAAUAGGGGACGAAGAGAUGGUCAAGUCUCUCGGGUUGUGCUGGAAGCCGGUGCUUGACGAGUUUACGUUUAAUGUCACGCCCAUGCCGGUUAGUUCAAGGCUGACCAAAAGAGCACUGCUAUCCGAUCUCAACAAGGUGUUUGAUCCAUUGGGCCUUGUUUCUCCGGUUCUCUUAAAAGAAAAAAUAUUCUUACAGCACAUAUGGGCUAUGAAGACGGAUUGGGAUAGUCUUCUAUCUAAGGACAUCCAAGAGCGAUGGAGGUCAUUUGUUCAGGAUUUGGAGCUGCUACAAAAUGUACUCGUUCCAAGGAAGGCGCUCCCAGAAGCAGGUGAGGAGAUACAGAUACAUGGUUUUAGUGACGCUUCUCAAGAGGUUUAUGGGGCUUGCAUUUACGUACAAUCCAGAAGCAAGGGUGGUAGAAGGCAUGCAAGACUCCUAUGUUCAAAGACCAGGGUAGCUCCACUAAAGAGCCUUACCAUUCCGCGCCUGGAGCUGAGUGGAGCGCUAUUGCUAGCUGAGCUAUCUGCCAGGGUAGCAGACUCUUGGUCGUUGGAUGCAACGACGUUUUGGUGUUGGACGGAUUCCAUGAUGGUGCUGGGAUGGAUAAAUUGUGAAGGCAGCCGUCUUAAGACUUACGUUGCCAAUCGUGUAAGCCAGAUUCUAGAUCUCACUCAGGCUGCACAAUGACGCCACGUGUCAACAGUUGACAAUCCAGCAGACCUGGCUUCAAGGGGUCUAUGCGCCCGUGAGCUAGUAGGUUCAGAUAAAUGGUGGAAGGGCCCAAGUUGGUUAGAAAGGGAAUGCGAUUGGCAACCAACGUCCACUUAUGGCAUCAGAGAAGGCUUGCCAGAGCAAAGGGAAAUCAAAUUAGUGUUGGUAUCCACGGACUCAGGAAUCGACUUGAUAAAUGUGAUCUCCGAUUGGAGUCGCCUGUUGCGCUCAACGGCUUGGUUGAUGCUGUUUGUUAAUUACCUUAGGAAAAAACAAGGUUUUCAAGCCCCCAAGUAUCUCACAUCUACAUUCUUAAGAGCAGCUGAAACGGUUCUUCUGAAGCGGGUGCAAACGGAAUGUUUCCAUAAGGAGUUCAUGGCGUUGCAAAAGGGGAAGGAGGUGCCACGUGGUAGCAAAUGAUGGAUCAGUGAUGGAUGAGCAAAUAAAGCACCCGAUUGUCCUUCCUUGGGGUCACAGAUUGACUCGCCUCAUUUUUGAGAACUGCCACCGGGAAAUGCUUCACUGCGGGCCGCAAGCAUUAUUGGCACAGAUAAGAUGACGCUAUUGGCCUUUGAUCGGUCGGGUGAUGGCCCGGGCAGUAGUUCGAAAGUGU